CAAUUUCAUGUUCUCCACAUGACUCCGACUUUACUUCAGUUCAAAUUUAUACUUGCUAGCAGUCGGAUAGGUCUUUUGACUUCCUGUAUACAAAAAUACAUUUGUAUUUUAUACUUUUUGUUUUAUAAGUGAAAAAAUCAUCGACUAGUUUCGUCGCGAUUUGUGCCAAGUUUUCCGUGCGGCUUACUAAUUUCCAGUGAUUUAAUUUAUGGAUGCCAAACGUGGUAAUGCCUCCGGGGCACGCCAAAGCGGCAGUGGCUAUCAUGCCUCUAAGACGAGCGUUGCUUCACGCCAUGGUGGUGGUGUUGGUGGUGGAGUAGCAGUGGCACAAAAGCAGGCCAGUCAGGUCAGUUUGACACCCAGCCAGGCCAGGAACCCGGAGAAUCCGAGGAAGAGUCCUUUGGAUGCCCUGAGUCGUAGCGGCAAUAUACGCAACCAGAAUCCCUUCCAGCGUCGCUCUGGCUUGCAGGAUGUUGAUGAAUCCUUCCUGGCUUCGAACGCCUUUGCCCGGCCCCCAAGGGUUCGUCAUUCUGGACUGGAGAGGGAAAACGUGCCGCAGGUAGCUGCAGCAGGUGCACCUGCUGGACAACAGGGUUCGUCAGCAAUGGCUCCCGUUCGCGUUUCUGGGGGUCAGGAUCCCAAUCAGCAACAGCAGCAGCAGUAUCAGCAGAUGCCUCCAGUUGAUGUCAUGCAACAGCAGCAGCAAAUGCCUCCGUCGCCAACUAUGCCCUUGCAGCAGCAAACGCAACAGCCGUACAUUCAACCGGCUGCUGGACAGCCAACACGUAUGGAUCCGGUACCCUCUGGUCGGGCUCGUGCCCAUCAACAGCAAGUGCCACAUCAACAGCAGAUUCAACAGCAGCAACAAAUGCCACCGCAGACGGGCUAUGAGCAGCAGCAACAGCCACAGGUGAUUCAGCCAGAUGCCCAAAUGCAAAGUAAAUUUGCAACCCAGCAGCAUCAGUUGCAGCCACAACAUCAAAUGUCUCAGCACGGAUACCCUGCUCAGCCGCCGCCAGCCGGUGCUCAGCAAACAACCCAACCGCCAGCCGGAGGAGCCGUUGCCCAAGGAGAUGGUGUCGGCAAUAAUGCGCCCAGCGGUGGGGCUGCAGCACCACCUGAUGCCGAGAUGUGCACCACUUGUCCUAAUUGCCAGACCACUAUCUAUUUAGUGCGUUCCCCGGAGCUUGGCCAUGGAGAUGCCGGCUUGCCUGUUCAGUAAAAAAAAUAUAUAAAAUCAAGACCGAGUGAAGUGCACCAAAUUUCGAGUGCAAAACUCAUCAUCAUUGUUUAAUAAUGUUUUUGUUAAUUACCGACCGCGAUACUGGUUGUUGGAAAUACAAUACUUUAGAAAACAAAUCUAAAUUAAAACCAGCCAAAUAAAGAAAUUCCAAUAAUA